UUCCCUCUUACCGGCUGGUUCACAUCGAUUUACCAGUGCUUUCAAAUGUGAAACGUAAACAACGUGACUGCUAAGUAAGAUGUCUCGUCACCCUGUCGGAAUAGUUUUACGUCGUUGUGGAUAUUCAGUAAUACCGAGUUUGGAAGAACUUGCAAAGCAAGGAUUGGAUCAAAAUGGAGAGUGUAUUGUUACUUCAUUUACUAUUAUUCGUCAAGGGUAUGGUAAAAAUUUUUUCGAAGGCCCUUUGGAUGUUGCUCAUUUGAAUCUGGAUGACAUUGUAUCAAUUGGUUGCAAGAUGGUGGCUGUAUACCCAGACGUAUCCAUGAAACCAAGGGAAGGAGAGGGGCUCAAUCGCAGAGCUGAAAUCACUUUAUACAGUUUAUGGCCUUUAGAUAAGUCCACUGGAAAUUACAUCACUUAUCCCCAAUACCACCGCAAUAGAUCAACUCUUCCUCGUUUUGAAAAUAGACUUGCACGUGAUUUACACAAUAUUCCUAUUCACCAGAAAAAGGAGCGUUGCGUUUCCAAGUGAACAAUUUCUCCCAAUAUGCAAUGGAUGGUUGUUUGUAUGUGAAUACGAUUGGAAUCAAUUUGAGCUGUCAAUUACAACUUGGACAUAACUAG